AUGCUCCUUGAAGUUGUCUCUUCAAUUACUGGAAUCAAUCAAGAAAUGAGCAAUGAUGAUCAACUAAUGGAGAUUGUGUACAGAGGUCUGAAGGGUAGAAGAUUUUUGAUAGUCAUAGAUGAUCUUUGGAGUACUGAGGCUUGGGACCAAAUGCGAAGAAUAUUUCCAAAUGAUUACAAUAAAAGCCAAAUUAUAUUAACCACUGGUCUAAAAAAUGUUGCUGAUUAUGCCAGCUGCCCUGAUUUUCCUCCUCAUGAUGUGGCUUUUCUAAGUUUAGAUGAUAGUUGGAAUCUAUUUACGGAAACACUAUUCAGAAAAGAUCUUUGUCCUCCACAACUAGAAGAAAUAGGGAAGCAUAUCGUACAAUAA